GGAGAAAUACCUCUGAAAAAGCCGCCCGCUCCAAACUAUCCUACGGUUGUUCCCCAGCCACAAGCAACAGGCAGCAGCGCUAUCGGCACUUAUGCCCUGCCAGCCGUAGCUAUUGUCGCCUAUCUUGCCUAUCGAUAUUUUGUCUAA